UGGUGGCACGAUUGGGCAAGCCUUCAGGAGCCGAGUGUUGCCCAGGUCGAACCGGCAGUGAACGACUGAGGCAGGCUCAAUGGGGGUUGAGGUACGAUAUGCGACGAUAAUACGGUACGUUUGAAGAUGAUGGAGGUACGAGACACCGAGGUUCAUGACAGGGUCCGGGGCGUUGUGGGACGUUGUUCUGGUUUCAGGUCCUGUAUUUGGCACUUUGCACGGCGUAUCAACAUGGAGAUGGCGAGGCUUGUACGCUAUGUAUGGGUCUACGUGAAAGCAACACUGAAUGGGAAAGGAAGUCUCGGGGUCAGUCGGGCGUUUAGGAUGGAAAUGAGAGACAAAGCCGGAUGGAGUAAACAGGCCAUUGCUGGAGCGAUCUUAAUCGCCUCGAUCCUUUCAGCAUGCGCCGGAAAAGAAACCAAAAGUAGAAAAAGACGGAUUUCAGUGAGGUUCGAGAUGUUUUCCCCCCUCUUUAACGAUGAAGUUGACCGCCGCCAAGAAAUCAAUCGUCCUUCACCGGUCAAUAUGUCGUGCAGGAAUUGCACUUCCUCUCGACCAACCACGAGGGGAUCUCGCUCACCGGUCAAUAUAUCUCAAACGACCGGUAAGCCGUCGUCGUUUGCUGGUUGGCCGAAUCCAUAUGCAAGACAUAGUGACCGGUGAGCCGUCUUCUUUGCUGGUUGGUCCAGCAAUAUGCAGAGAUAUUGACCGGUGAACGGUCUUCUGCAGAAGAUAUGGACCGGUGAGCCAUUUCCUUUUGCUGGUUGGUCAAACAGUAUGCAGUAGAUAUUGACCGGUGAGCAGUCCUCGUUUGCUGGUUGGCCAAGUGAGAUGCAGAAGAUAUUGACCGGUGAGCGGUUUUCUCUUG